UAAAAGGGUAUAGCAUAUCUAUUACUGUUAGUUGUGUGUAACCUGUCCGCCAUCUUCUGAAAUUUCCGGCGUGGGUGAAAACGAACAUAACCUGUUCAUAAACAGAUAACUAUCUUGUAAUUGUACACAUAUUCGGACAUCACUAGAAAGUUGAUAAACCAAUUUCAGAUAGCCAUGGCACAGUUUGGGGCAGGCAAAAACCCACCAUGGGCUAGAACUGCAGAUUUCACUGCAGCGGCUGGUCUAACACAGCAGAUGCUCAGCCAGGGAGUGGGGGCCCAGGCUGCAUACAACCUAGCCGCCCAGCAGAAUCUACAGACCCAGUUUCAGGCUCAGCAGAUUGCUGCAGCUACAAUGCAGUCGAUGCAACAACAAGCCAUGUUGCCCCAACCCGGCCUUGCUCUACCUACAUCCCUGGCCUCGGCCAAUUUGGGAGCCAUCAGUUACCCUACUCUGAAGCCCCAGCAGCUCAAUGCGCAGGCUGUGCAGGUACAGCAGCCAAAACAGAGAGUCUUCACAGGCUGUGUCACUAAGCUGCAUGAUAACUUUGGCUUUGUUGACGAGGACGUCUUCUUUCAGACAUCGUGUGUGAAAGGUCAGAUGCCCAAGACUGGUGAUCGUGUGUUGGUUGAGGCUCAGUUCAAUGCCAAUAUGCCUUUCAAGUGGAAUGCAACCAGUGUCAAAGUGCUUAACUACCAGACAUCCAGUGGUAGUCUGCCUGGAAGCAAACCCUCACCUCUUCUAGAAACAGGUCGUGGAAACCUGCGAGGUGACAGGAACCGCUCUGGAGGUCGCAGGUUUGAUAGGGGUGACCAGAGCCGUGAUCGCAUCCCACGUCGUGACAACAACAGAGAUAAGGACAAGAAAGACAGUGUAGUCUUGAAGCAGGAGGACAGUAAAGUAGUUCAAGCAACAGAUGUGGUGGAAAAAAGGAAGCGCUCCAAAUCCCCUGGAAAACGAGAGAGUUCCGUCACUUCCAGACGCUCCAGAAGCCCUGGGCGCCGCAGACCCAGAGUUGUCCCAAGAUAUGUGGUGCAGGUGCCAAAAAUACUUCUUAACAUGAAAGACGCUAGUGUGUUGACCUUGAAAUCUCGGUAUGCGAACAUGUACAUUCCAAGUGAUUUUUUCAACGCUGAGUUUCCUUGGCAUGAGGCCUUCCCGUUGCUGCGUCCAUUCCAGCUGGGCAAGCCAUGCACUUUCCAUGUGCUGCAUAAAGAUGUUGACAGGGUGGGACAGAGCCCCGCAGUGCUAGACCCCCCUGAUGCAGAUCACUUGUACAGUGCAAAGGUGAUGCUGAUUGCCUGCCCCAGCCUGGACGAGCUCUACCACAAGUCAUGCUCACUGUCCCAGGACCCUGAAUCAAUGCAGGAGAACUUUGUGCACCCCACCCGCCUCAUUAACUUCCUGGUGGGAGUGAAGGGCAAGAACGAACCAAUCGCCAUCGGAGGGGCGUGGUCUCCAUCCCUAGACGGGGCCAAUCCUAUGGAGGACCCUAAAGUGCUCAUCAAGACUGCCAUCAGAACCAGCAAGGCCCUCACUGGAAUCAAUCUUAGCUCUUGCACUAAGUGGUAUCGUGUAGCCGAGGUGCGCUACCUGCGAGCUGAGGAGACCCACAAGGGCAAAUUAGUGCCUGCACGAGUAGAAACCAGUGUGAUUUAUUUGCCGGAUGUCUGGAGCUGCGAACCUACGCACCUGGAGUGGGAGACUCUGCAGCUGGCUUACAAAAAGCAGCUGCAGAAAAAGCUAGCUCAACUUGACGGCAAAGAGGAUGCACAGGAAGAAGAGGAAGAGGAGGCAGAGGAUAUUGACAUGGAGAAGAAAGACCCAACACAUUUCUCAGAACUUGACCCAAAAUCUAUGAAGAUUCUGGACCUACGUCGAGAGCUGGAAUGCAGGAACAUCAGCUCCAAGGGCCUCAAGUCUCAGCUGAUAGCUCGCCUCAUCAAGCAGCUCAAGACAGAGCAGGAGCAGGACGAGGAGGAGACUGCCACCAACAAGGAGCAAAAACAGGCUGAGGAGGAGGAGAAGAAGGCAGAGCAGGAGAUGACCACUGAGGAGGAUGAGGAGAAAAAGAAGAAAGAGGAAGAAGAAAAGAAAAAGGAGGAUGAAAAGACGCGAGCCUUGCUGGAAAGACGCUAUGCACUGCCGGACAAACGCUGUAUAUUGGUGCAUCCUAACCCAUCUGCCAAGGGGGGCAAGUUUGACUGCUCAGUGAUGUCCCUUAGUGUUCUGCUUGAUUAUAGGCCAGAGGAUAACAAGGAACAUUCUUUUGAGGUUUCCCUUUUCGCUGAGCUCUUCAAUGAGAUGCUUAUGAGAGAUUUUGGGUUUACCAUCUACAAAAGCAUUGUUGGAGCUCCUGAGAAACCCAAAGAAGAAAAGAAAGAAAAGAAAAAGGAUGACAAAAAGGAAAGCAAAGAUAGUGAUGAACCAGAGAAGAAGAAAAAGAAAACCGAUGAAAAGAAAGAAGACAAAAAGGAUGACGAGAAGAAAGAUGAUAAGGAAGAUAAAGAUGAGAAAAAAGAAGGCAGUGGCAAGGAUGAUGAUAAGAAAAAAGAGGAAAAAAAGAAAGAGAAGAAGAAGAGUAUGACUGUGAAUCCAGACCUGCUGCUGUCCUGUAUCUACUUUGACCAGAACCACACUGGCUACAUCCUAGACAAGGACAUGGAGGAGAUCGUACACACUAUAGGACUCAACCUGUCCAGGGCUCAGGUUAAGAAGCUAGUACAGAAGGUGGUGUCUCGGGACUCGUUUAGCUAUCGUGCUCUCACUGAUGAGCCCAUUCUGGAAGAAGGGGAGAAGGCUGGGUCACCUGCACCCAUCAUAGAGCUGGAUCUUGAUAAACUUGUCCUAGGCAAUAGCGUAUUGAUGACAUCCCCCUGCAAGGACGAGACAGCAACCCCCAGUAGGCGCCGUGGUGCAAAGGCAGAGGACAGUGGCUCCUCAGCGAUGGUGAUGCACAAUGGGGCACUCCUGGACAUAGACAGCCUGCUGGAGAGGCUCAACAAGGGGGAGAAGUCCAUCACAGACUAUGAGAGGAGGAUAACAGAACUGGAGGCCGAGAGAGACCAUGCUCAGCGUGAUCUGAAGAAAGCUGAGGAAGGUAGCAGCAAGCUUGCAGAGGACCUAAAGACCACCAGGCAUGACCUCUCAGCGCAGGUCAAGGUCACCAGCAGCACAGAGUCCACUAACCGGAAGUACCUGGCCGCCUUGGUCGAGACUCAGACCUUGGUGCAAAGCCUGGCUGGGACCAUUACCGGGGCACUGGGUGACAUGGCAACCAUCAAGGUAGAGAAGAAGGCAGACAUCAAGGCUGAGGUCAAGACAGAGCCCACUGCCAAUAGCAAGGAGUGACCUUGCUGGGGCUUGUUUGUGUGUGGUUAUUGUGAACUGACUUCUUGUGUAGCAAGCGUGUACAUAGGUUACUGGAGCACUUUAGUAUUGUUGAGUAUGUUGAUGUUUCACUGCAUUAGUAAGUCAGGAUUGCUGAGCUAGCUUAGACAUUGGAAAGGACAGAACUAAUAGACCAGUUUCACAAUACGAACACUGUUGCUAUUAUUAGAUAUCACGUGACGAGUCGAAUCUCAGAACGAGGCGGAACGUGACAACUUUCUUUUCCUAUGUUAUGCGAAUGGUUGAGAAUAUCGAUCAUGUAGAGCAGUUGACUGUAAUGUUUUACAUUCGGGGCGGUUAUAACAUUAUAACAGUAUGUGUUUAGUCAAUAAAUUGAUAAAUACUUCUCAAAUAAACAUUAUAACAACCAUAAUAAUAAUUCAACGACAUACUAUCUAGUACAAAUAGUGAAUAUUAAAAAAAAUCAUCUUUAUACAAAUACGAAUAACCCAUUAACACAUCAGAGUAAAGGUGGUCUGAAGACCUAACAUCGAUAAUUGCUCAAAACAAAGAUAUAUAAAAGCCGCAAAAUAAAAUAAAUAGUAUUAUAUGAUUAUAAUUCUCAAAGGUAUGGGUGUGUUGGUGUGCGCUAUUUUUCAUGAACUGUCGAACGUGUAAGCGGUGUUGAAUCAACCAUAAGACAAAGCACUAUAAACGCGAAGUACAUGACACUAUUUAAAUUGUAUGUUAAUUUUCUUUUACAUUAAAUAAAAUGUAUUUUAGAGUGAAUGACAAUAUUGAAUUAUUAUUAUAACCAACUGAAACAAACGGACGUGGUGGAAAUUGAACUGUCUAAACAUGUAUAAUGAAAUUUCUUUAUAAGAGAUUAUGAGUAUUUAUUAGCAACAGGCUUAUCAUGUAAUAUAGAACUGAUUUGUACAGAAUUGGAGCUCUGGUGAUUGUAUACAUGUAUAUAUAUAUAUAUGGGUUUACAUGAUAAGAAUUGCAAAAGUCUCUGAUACUUCUAAUUUAGAAAGUUUACCUACAAUUGUCUAUUGUAUAUAUAUAGCCCGGACAUUCGUUCCUAUGUUAUUGCGUAACUUUCUGUUUUGUGGCAAAAAAAGCAUGGUAUUGUGCGUAUAUGCUAUAAAGGUUGUUGUUGUAGUUUUUGUUAUUUGACAGUCCGGACAUUGGUUCCUACAAUGUAUAGCAUUUUAUAUCAAAAUGUUUAACCCCGUUGUGGUUAAACGAAAAUGCUUAUUUUAAUUAUGUUGUUCCGUACGGUAUUCGGACAUCCGUUCACACGGACAAUCGUUCCUAAGCUAAUUUUGACAAGGCGUACAUUCGCUCGAAUAUUGUAUUUAACAAACCGGACAAUAUUAUUUUUGACAGCCCGGACAUUCGUUCCUAUGUUAUUGCGUAACUUUCUGUUUUGCGGCAAAAAAAGCAUUGUAUUGUGCGUAUAUGCUAUAAAGGUUGUUGUUGUAGUUUUUGUUAUUUGACAGUCCGGACAUUGGUUCCUACAAGUAAAUGCAAAACUAAACAAAAAAGCAAUUUUCCGAGCAAAGCUUAUCUUCUUUGAUAAGCCUAUUCAAUUAACCAAUCUUGUUUACAGUAAGCCGAUUCAGAAUAAGCCAGCCAAUAUGAUUUUAAUUGAUUAGUUGACUAAUUAAUUAACUGACUUACAUUUUGUCGACAAUGCAUUUAACGCAACUUGUUAGCUCUAAGCCGAUUAAAAACAGUUUUUCGAUUAUAUAACUUUAAUAAAGCAAACUGUGAAAACAAUAUGUAUGUUGAAUAAUGGCCCAUUCAUUAAAAUUCACUUCCAACAUAUAACUUCUAACGAACAAUCGCGGUCGGUCUGUGGGUCAUUCGUACUCAAAGAAACACAUGUGUGUGAUACUCGAUUUUCUAAACAAUUUCUUUAUUGCGCAAUAGUGCUCGUAUUUGAACUCAAUAUUUUAAAUCAAUUAUUUUAACGAUGUUUAAAAAAUGUAUUAGCAACAGGCUUAUCAUGUAAUAUAGAACUGAUUUGUACAGAAUUGGAACUCUGGUGAUUGUAUACAUGUAUAUAUAUAUAUGGGUUUACAUGAUUAGAAUUGCAAAAGUCUCUGAUACUUCUAAUU